UUCAGGAACACUGUCCAAUGUCACUUGGUGACCAAACCCUAGCUUCUGAUUUCGACUUGAGAAACUUGUGGUCCCUGUGUUAACCCUUUCCCUACAAGAACAACUUGACUUUUCGUCUCACUGGAUAGUUAUAAACUUUUCAAAGGAUGUAGUAACACAGAUUCUGAUUGGCUGGAAUCCCUGAAGGGGGUUGAUUUUCCUCCAAUCAUGGAGGAGCUACUAAAUUUGGACAAUCUGUCCCAGGAGGAGAAGGACACGAUCCUCGGAGUCCUCCAGAAGGACGAGAUGGUCCGCAAAACCGAGGACAAAAAAAUCUGUCAGCUGAAGGCAGAGAUCCAGGCUAUCCGUAUGAAGAGCGUGUUACGAGCGGGUGACGAUCUCUCCAAGAUGUGCGCGCGAUGUCAUGCGGAGCUCGGCAGGUUCUUCAAUCGCGGAGAUCUGUGUCCCAAGUGUCGCUUCCGAGUGUGCAAUAUGUGUAAGGAGAAUCUCUUCAGGGGGCAGUGGCUCUGUGUACUAUGUUAUAAACAAAGGCAGCUGAAAUUUUUUACGGGGGACCUGAGUUCUGGUCAGCUUUCACGAUGGCCCUCAGGGGCAGACCUGGUCAAAGCCUCCAUCCAUAAAAUGUCCGUGUUCAAAGGAGCAAGUAGUGACAGUGAAAUAUUGGACUCCAGUGGAACAAAGGACGAAAUCAGGAAUGGAAAACCUUUAUCCAACGGAAGUGUGCAAUCAGAGGGAAAAGACAAGAAACAUGAGAAAGACAGGGUUGAAUUCCCACAAGAAUCGGAUCAAAGGAAACUUAACCAAUUAUUUGAUGCCUUUAGAGUGCCCAAAACCAAAGAGCUUUCAAGUAAAUCUCACUCAACAGUGAGAAAAGUGACAUCUAAAAAAUAUGAGGAAUCUGAUUCCGAUUCAGACUCUUCAGUGUCAACAGACACAGAGAAAAAUCAAGAGGAAGUCCGAAAGUCUUUGCCCAGUGGGAAAGGGGAUAGUGUCGAUAGUGCCAGUAAAAAUAUCUCAGCCUCAAGCUCUGGGACAGAUAUUAACAAAAGUAAUGUUUCAAAGGAUAAAAACUUACAGAGGAACUUUUCUGAUGAUUCGGUUCAAACACUUGUGUCCGACGAGGUUCCAUUUUCGAAAAGCAGCACAGAGACGCAGAUUAAAGUAGAUGUACAUUCUGAUGAAUCAAACUCACCACCACCGUCAGUAAGUAAACCAAGUGUGAAAUCAAAAGUUGUUGAGGAUAUUGUGAAAAACAAGUCACCCAAAGGUAAUCAGAAACAGACUGCUACAGAAAUGAUAAUGGCCAUGAAAAGUACAAGUCCUUCAUUAACUCCCAAUCAAAACCACCAAAGUAAUUCUCACCACGUAGAUCCCCGAAGGUAUGAGCCAGGGAGAUCCCCUUCCCCCUACUCUUUUGACAGUAUUCCUUCAUCUCAUGCAAAUUCACCUUUACCUGUUAAAAAGAGGGACAAUCAUGUUAGUAGAGAAUCAUCUGACACAGAUUCUACGUCUCGGAUGAGUACUGCGGAUUACAGUGGUACAGAAUCCUCUCAUGUUCGGGAGAGCAGUAGUGGUGCUGAAGAUUAUGUGGUAGAAGAACUAUCCAAAGUUCGAUUUCGACGGAUGUCCAAAAAUUAUGUGGAGAAAAGAAAGACGAAAAGUCCACCUCCUGGGUGUGAUCCCUCUGUUGUAGGUGUGGUGAGAGAGGGGCAGUUGGGCAACUCUCCUUUAGACAUAUCUAAAAAUAUUUCCCCUUCUAAGUCCCCCCAAGUAUCUCCUCAAAAUGUCUCCCAAAAGGUCCCAGAUCACCAUCAAUUUGUGAGAAUAUUGGACACAUCUGAUUGUGAAGUUCCUUCCAAUGUGUCUUCAGAUUUAUCAUUGUUUGACAUUGAGAGAGACUGUCACUUGGAUCCUGAAGUGUAUGAUAUCAGUGAUUUAGCGAAAGUCUCCAGAUCCAUUCUGACACAGCCGCAGUCAGACUUAGGUCCUCUAAGGAGAAAGAAAUCUCCCAGACCACAGAAAAAGGAGAGACAAAAGAGUGCAAGUGUUCAGGAACAGUCUGUGAGUGGAGGUGAAGGAAAAUGUGUUAAAUUAAAACAAGAACAUGUUCACCAUAUACAAAACACAAAUAUUAGUUCAAAACAAGAAAAAAAUACUAAGAAUUCAAAGUCUAGUAAAGUGAAACCGAAAGAAGAUGCGACUGAAUCUGGGGUGUCAAAGAAGCUAAUCAUGUUCAACCCAGAUGACUUGGAGUCUGACUCAACUGACUCCAACCAAGAAAUGGAUCUAAAAACAAAUCUAAAAACAAAUCUUGCAACCAAUCAAAAUAUGGAUCUCGUUACCAGUCAGAAAACAGCUCACACAACCAAUCAGGAGACAGGUGAGAAAAAUCUGGAAGAAGUGGAUGAAGAUAUUGCCCUGGAUGAUUCUGGUAAACAUGACAGCUUUGAUUCACUGCUGGAGUCUUCACUCUUUCAGAAUUUUAGGUUAUCUUCCAUUGAUGACAGGCAGAAUAGGUUUGAAUCAAUUGAAAGCUUCAAUCUUUCCCCACUGACUCCUCUGUCUGACAGCAAGAUUGGAACCAAACCACAGACUUAUACUUUUGCUUUUGUAAAUGACAGUGUUUGGACAAAUGAAAGCUUGGAAAAUGUUGGAACACCUGAAGAAGACUUUGAUGAAAUCUUCAACAAAGCUGUAACUGAUCUAGAAUCAAGUGAACCAAAAAGAAAACCUGUUCGAAAAAGAAGGAAAAAAUCUUUUAGGCCAAGUACUGGCAGCAACAGAGACCUUGAGGAAAUUGCGGAAAAUGUGGAGGACAGCGUAGAAGAAAAUACUAGAAGCUUCCAAAAGGAAUUUGGAGAGCACCAUGAAUUCCGGUUCUCUGUUGAUGAUAGUUCACAGAGUCAGGAACGUAAUGGUGAGGAAUCAGAAGAUUUCAAAGAAAAAGUACAGAAAGCAAAUGAAAAUGAAAGUUUGUCAUCCCUGUGGAGAUUUGAAGAUGACUCACUGAAAGAUGAGUUUCAGCAAGUAUUUGGAAGUGUCCAAGAGUCACCACAAAAGCAAACAUAUGCACAGAAUAGAGCAUUCCUACGAAAAACAUUUGCAACAUCAACUGAUUCUCUGAGCACAGAAUCAGAUGCACUAAGUGUUAUUCAGGAGGAGAAUAAUAGCAGUGACAAUAGCAAUGAAGAUUUAGAAGUGCAUUUGCAUGACAUUAAAGAAGAGGAGGAUACUGCAUUAUUAACAGAAUGUGCAGAAAGUAAUGUUGAAGAAGUGCAUGUUGACAGUCAAAAUAAAAAUGAGAUAAUUGUUGAUGAUUCAGAGGGAAUAGAUGAAAAUAUAAUACUCACUGAAAUGACUGAUAAAAUGAAAGUCAAAGUAGAAGCAGAGAGUGAAAUAGAUACACUGACAAAUACCAAUGUGAUAGUUUUAGACCCAAGUUUAAAUGAACAGUCCUCUACUGACUAUCUUGAAGAAGAAGUGACUGAUGUAAAAGAUUUGAAUAAAAAAGACACCAGCAAUGAUUUGCAAUCUUCUCCUAUUCAUGAAAAAGAGGAAAACAGUGAGUUCCAUAAUACACAAAGCAGUCUUGGCAAGAUGUUGCUGACUUCUAGCAAGAUUGCAAUGAUGACCUUACAAACCUCUGAAUCUCCAGCUGAUAAGUCUGUCACCUCCACUGAGAACUUGGUGUCUUCCCUGGAAGCAGAAGUAUGUUUGGAUGAGGAAGAUUCCCAAGCAAGUGAGGACCUCCUGCUGCAACAGAUCAUCCAAAGCCAAAAUAACAGAGAGGACAACAAUGUGCAAGACUCUUCUCCAAACAGCCAAACCGAAAAAGUCAGAAAAAGAACCAAAAGCAAACAGUUGGUUCAGGAAUGGCUUCAGACAGAUGUUCCCGGGGAAGUCAUGGGGGAUGUCCCUGCCGACAUACCUAGUCCUCUGAUGGAGGAAUGGCUUUUGAGGGAGGGUUCUGAGGGGGUUGUUCCUCCCACACCUGCCCCUGCCCUUGCCCCUCUCUCCCGACCUAUAUCAGAAGGUGGUCAGAAAUCUGCUGACUCUUACCCCAGCACUGUUCCUUUUGUCCCCAUUCUUCAGAUAGAGGAACACUCAGAAGGAGGAACCACCCGCCUGUCUCCUAGGGCAAGUUCAGAGGGGUCGGGAAGUUUUGAGGACAGCGGUCAUGUCAGUGGUGCUUCUACAGAAAACACUCCGGAGCAUCGCCGCACCGACAGUACAAUCAGUCAACUAUCAGUGCCUUCAUCCACCUUAUCCACAGUUACUGAUCGUUCAUCAGAGGACACAGACAUUGAUGACCUGGUGGCCUCCCAUCGUUGCCUUAGCGCCAGUAGUCGUGGAAACCUCCUAUCAACAAUAGCUGAUAGUCGAGAAAGCAUCCUCAGUUUCUAUAGCAAUGCGGGUGAGGUGGAUUAUGGGAAGAUUCCGGUUACAGGGGAGAUAUGUUUUGGUCUGGAGUAUAACUACAGGACUGGAACACUGGAGAUACAGAUCAAACAAUGUAAAGGUCUGGCUCCCGCCGACACCAAAAGGAACAGAUCCGAUCCAUAUGUCAAAACUUACCUACUUCCUGACAAAACUCGAGGAGGAAAAAGGAAGACGCGCAUAAUGAAGAACACCUUAAAUCCAGUGUUUGAGCAGACUCUAAGGUACUUGAUUUCUAAGAGUGAGCUGGAGAACAGGACUUUGUGGGUCACGGUGUGGCACAAUGACCGGUUCGGACGCAACGACUUCCUGGGAGAGGUCACCAUCAACUUUGAUUACUUUCGGUUCUCUGAUUCUUCAGCCAAGUGGUACCCACUUCAAGAGAGGAUUGAGUCCCAGCCUACUGCCAAUCUAACAUACAAGGGAGACUUAUUCUUAAGCAUGAAGUUUGUACCACCAGAAAAAGUCAGGAAAGAGGACACAGUGACAUCUCCUUCCAAGAAAAAGGUCAAGAGGGGAAGAUCAGAGGUCGGAGGUCCAAAGGGUCAACUCCAUGUCCUGAUUAAAGAGGCCAGAAACCUGAGUGCUGUCAGGAGCAGUGGCUUUUCUGAUCCUUUUGUUAAAGGGUACUUGUUGCCAGACAAGCAGAAAGGCCUGAAGCAGAAGACAUCCGUGGUCAAACGCAACUGUAACCCGCAGUGGAACCACACGUUUAUGUUUGAUGACGUGUCCAAGUCUGAUCUCAAGGAAAGAUGUCUGGAACUCACUGUGUGGGACCACGACAAACUCAGCAGCAACGAGUUCCUGGGGGGACUCAGAUUUAAUCUAGGUGUUGGUAAAAGUUAUGGAAAGCCAGUGGAUUGGAUGGACGCCCAUGGAGAGGAGAUUUCAAUGUGGCAGGCCAUGCUGGACCGACCCAAUAUCUGGAUAGACUGUGCCCUAAUGUUACGACCGAAUAUGGACAAACGCAAAUAUUAGAAACUUCACCGACCCAGUAUCUGGAUAUGAUGUGCCCUUAUGUUACGACCGAACAUGGACAAACACAAAUAUUAGACAACUUCACCGACCCAAUAUCUGGAUAUAAUGUGCCCUUAUGUUAUGACCGAACAUGGACAAACGCAAAUAUUAGACAAAAUCGCUGGCUGACCCAAUAUCUGGAUAGGCUGUGCCCUCAUGUUAUGACCCAGCAUGGACAAACGCAAAUAUUAGACAAAAUCGCUGGCUGACCCAAUAUCUGGAUAGAAUGUGCUCUUACAUUGCGUCCAAACAUGGACAAACGCAAAUAUUAGACAACAUUGCCAACCCAAAUACCCAAAUGUACCCUAAUAUUACGACCCAACAUGGAUAAACGCAAAUAUUAGAUAGCUUUUUUAAAAAUUACAUAAUGCAGUAUGUACUUUUUUCUACAUAUUAGCAUUUUAAGCAAAAGAAUAGGACUUAAUAAGAAUAUUGGCUGAUAGACCCCCUUCAUUUCGUUAAAAAGUCACAAAAUUCUUAAAAUUUUGGAAUUUUUGGGGGGGGGGGAUGGGAUAAGGGGGGUGCUGUUGUGUUAAAAUGAUAUACAUAUCUCAUUUUGGACAUGCAACUUAAGUGUUACUGAUAAUAUUUUUGAUGUAAUGAGUAGUUCAUUGUUGAAACUUACACAUGAAUUCGAAUUCAUCAGCAAGACAAAGAAUUUCAAUAUUUAUUUUUGGCAAUUUCAAAUUGAUAAAAUGCUGAAGUUAUUGUAUGUAAGUUUAUUUUCUUAUUGACUACGGUCAGAGAAUGACUGUUCAAAACUAGAUCUGUGCAAUGAAAGAUUUCAUGCAUAAUAUUUCAUGUACAAAAAACAAAAUGUUUAUGAUAUGGCUAUGGGAUAAAGUAUGGCAUGUGAAAAUUGAGUUCUAUAUUGAAAAAAUAUUUUCUGUGUGUUGUACAGCAAAACUCGAUUAUAACGAAGUCACUGAGACCUGUAUGAUACUAUUUGCUAUAUCCAUAAUUCGUUAUAACCAUACAAGAAAUUCAUUAAAGUUAUAUAGUUGGGGAUCCAAGAUGACUUCGCUAUAUCCGUAAAUUCGCAAUAUCCGUGUUCGUACUAAACAAGUUUUGCUGUACUUUGUUUUAAAACUCAACUUUCAAUAUAUUGGUUUGUUUAAUUAAAAUUUGAUGAUAUGUUAUGACUAAUAGUCACAGAAUUUCGUAUUAUUUAUUAUUUAUUGUGGACUUUGCAGGGUUGGUUUCUCUCCAAGGGGUUUUGAAUUCUAUGUUAAAUAUCUAAAAUUGAUUAUUUUUAUUUACAAAUGGGUAAUAUAUUAUUGAUAUUUAUAUUAAUAAGUUAUUAACGUCAUAUACCUGCAUCAGAUCUGAAACCUUAUAUAUAUUGCAAAGAACUUGCUCUAAAAUAUUUACUAUUUUUUGUACUCAUCUUGUUUACGUUUGUUCCCAUGGUUACUAUUGGUUGUAUUUAAUCAUUGUUGAAUAUGUUUCUUGAUGUUACAUUCACUUCCAUGUGCUAUUUAUAUUAUUAAUUACAUGUAGAAAAUGAAACUUUGCUCAACACUAGCAUUGUAGCUAGGCCAUAUUUAGGCCAUUAUUGUCUGCAACUGUGUCGAAAGAAUGCAUAUUUUUGCCUUCAUUGAAUUUUUUUCAGAUUACAUGUACAUUUCACACAGAUGAUGGCAACAGAACAUCUCUUUGAAGUUGUACAUUCAUAUAGUUUUGUUAUUAAAGAGAAAUUGAAGAUUUGAUAGUUUGAAAAGCCUAUCCAAAUUGAAAGUGCAUGUUUGUAAAGAUGUAUAUUAUUUCUGGUUCUAAACUUCUUUCCAAGUUUUAUGAAUCUGAAACUAUGUAAAGUUUCCAAAUUUCAUUCUGAUAAGAUGAAAUUCAAUCCAUGUUUACAUUCAUCAUAAAUGAAAUAUUUUAACAAUUUAUUCACAAAGAAGGAAAUCCAAUAUUUGUAUUAUUUAUAUAAUUUGUUUUUUCCCUGUUGGUCUCACUUUAUUGUUAAUGUACAUAAAUUAUUACUUACUGUUGAUAUCU